GUUCAUGUACCACCAAUCUAUGGGAUCCUGUGAAUGCGUCGUAUAUUGAUUGGCUGAACAUGGAAUGCUCUAACACUUGGUAUAGCUAUGGACUUGCUAUAGUAAGCUGUCUGUUUGUAUUAGAGACAUUUGCAAUUGCAGUGUACUGUUUUAAGCGCCAUUUUAAAAAGCAACAAAAAUACCGGUCUAAGCAUCAUGAAGAAGGGCUCACAAAACACGUAAAUCAUAAAAACGAGAGUGAACCAAAUACAUUAGUAAGCCAAGUAGUACCUCCACCGACAAGUAUCUCAGAAACGUUAGACCAAACGCCGAGCAUGACAAAAAAUGGGCGUGAUACAAGAUACCCAAAGUACAAAAAUCAGCAAAAUGGUGUUUCAAAUGGAACGACGGUAACUGAAAUUACAGAGAAAUAUGUUCAAAAACCAUUAAAUCCUUUGCAAAAUACGUCUAGUACGGUUGCACAGGAUCAGCAUCCUCAGCAAACGUCACAGUUGAUCGGUGGUAAAAGAGGGAAGACAGAUAAAAAGAAAAAGGGAAAACAUCAGCGAAUUGACCCCCACCAUCGAAGUAGACAGCGUGCCGAUGUUAUUCGAAUGAACUCAGUUUCAACCGAUGAGGAAAGAGAAGAACAGAUAGUGAAACAGAAAAACUUCAUAAAGAACUCAUCAGACAAGGAAAGAAAAAGCGUGCCAAUGCAAGCAUUGAAUAAAGGUGCUGAUAAAACUAAUAUAAAUUCGCCAACGGGAUCACAGAAAGGGAUAAUGAAAUUGAAUACAGACAACAUGGAUGUUGAUGACGUAGUUAACAGAUCAAAAGAUGGUUCAGGUACAAACGUGAGCAAAAAGCAGAAGAAUGCAAAGAACAAUAAGAAAUCUGUUAGCUUCAAGCUAGAAGGGCCUGUGGAAACAGACGGUGAAGGGGAAAUCAAAGAUGUUCUUUCCAGCGAUAACAAGUCGGGGAUAUCCAUCAUAUCAGCGAAUAAAUACGAUAGAAAUGUGAAAGACAUACUAAUGGGAAACGUUGCCACGGCAGAAGAUGUUGUCGACUCAUACAACACAGAGGUCGUAGCAAAGCGUAAAUUCAUUGUCAUUAGUGACGAAGAGGACGAACCUGUAAUCGUCGAACUUGUAACUAAUGGAAGAAAAAACAGCAAAACUACUCCUCAGGUCAACAAACCAACCAAUGGGGUUACCCAAGACAGCUAUAAUCAAAAUGAAAGAGUGAAUCAUCAACCUGAGAGCAUAGAUAAUUAUCAGAUUAAAAGCCAACUUCAAGACAACAUACAAGACGAUCAGCCAGACAGCAACAACAAUCCGAAGAAUAGUGGUAAAUUGAGCCUUCAAUGCAGCAGUGCAAACCUUCAGGAUAAGGGUAAUCUAAAUACACAAAAGGACGCCGAAACCCAUCCAAAAGACGAAAAAGUCGGCCUAAAAAAUAGGAAACGUCAAGAUAAUGAGAAUAGCCACCAAGCAUCACAGAUCAAACAAACAAUAAAAGAUAAUCUACUAGCGCCUCCGCAAUCUGUUGUUUUGGUAGAAAGAAAUGAGAAAGUUUCAUCGUCAAGUAAAAACGAUGUCAAAUCCACCGAUAAAACUAAGCCAAAUUUAAUCUUCAAUAGUUUUGUAAAGGAUUCUGACAGUGUAAAAAUUACAAGUAACAAUUCCCAUAAUGAUCUCGAUAACAAAACGCAGCCUGCCAAACCAACAGACAAGAUCGAAUCAAAAGUGAUAGUAACACCGUUGCAAAAUGACGCCGUCGACGCUGUCGGACAAAGUAAACGCACCAUAGCUAGUGGCCAUGUCAACUCAAUGAUAAAAAUGUUUCAGAACAUUGACGGCGGUAAAGAAUUGUCUGAAGAAUGUAAUUGUUAGUUAUUGAAUCAGUACGCAACAUAGAAAACAAAAUGCAUUACUUGGAUGGAAUUAUCAUUUUUAAAGAAUAAUACGAAUAUGCCUACGAUACGGUAGGUCAUGGAGGAAAUAUCUAAAGAUAUUUCGUCCAUGGUAUGAUAUACGCACGAUAGGUACAAAUUGCUUGGCCUUAUUUUGUCUAUGUUAUAUAUUUUAAUUAGCCGGAGUUGGCCAGAUCCAUGAAAACAUGCAAUUUUCUUCAAAUUUGUACAGCAUUAUUUUCGUCAGAUUUCUCCUGAUUCAAUCAAUAAACCAAUCAUUAAUAAGCGCAUUGAGGUCUAAUAUGCGCCCUAUAAUAGUCGACCAUGAUUAAUAAUGAUGAAUUUAUGCUUUCAAACAAUUUACUUUGAAAUACAUUAAGUCUAUUUGUACGAUUAAAAUGCAUGUACAUGACACGAUCAAUCACAUAACAACUACAUUGAAAGUAGUUUUGUAACUUGGCAUGCAGUCACCAAGUAAAUUUCGAGAUUAUAACUUGCAUAACGCAAAUCCAGUGAAGUGGCGAAGCGCUUUUCACAUUGUGAAGGCUUUGGUGCACGGCGUUUACUCCAGAGGCCUUAUUCGAUAGCAGCGCUUAUUAUAAUCUAUUAUAAAGCUUCUUGAAUCUAUUAAGUGUUAAAAUGGUAUUUGUAUAUUGGCUCUGAAUGAUUGCAGCAUUAGGCCUAUAUACUUUCUGGGAAUUUUCAACAAAAAAGGCAGGUUGUAGGCUAAUUGUACUCGCAUUAGGCUCUGCGACGUUUAUAGAAUAAUAAAUAAGCAAAAAACAACACAUUUUACUGCCGAAAAAAUGCUGUGUCUCUUACAAUAUACAGCAUAUAUUUAAAAUUUUUCUCAUUACUGCAGUUAACAAGUCAAUUAUUUUUGGAGCCAGAUGAAAUUCUUACAGAUCUAGUGUUUUGAGAACAAUUUUAGCUUAAGAACAUUAGCUUUAUAUUAUUGUAUUAUCCAUAUAAAUAAAACACUUUUAAGACCUUUUAUUAUACUAUGUCAUUAUACAACAUAAAGGUCCUAUUGUACGAAUUUUUGAGUGCCAUUACCUUCAGGCCUAUUAUAAAUACAUUGUUAUAUUUAAUAUAAUUUUCUUUUGAUAUUACAUUUUGUGAAUGUAUAAAAUUAUAUUUAGAAAAUCUAUAUAAUUCUGUCUGUAGAUUGUUCCGAAUUUUAUAAUUAUAUAGGCCUAUACUUUAUAAUUGUGUGUAUGUAU